CACGCGUGGAUAAACCUCUCAAAAAGUGAUAACGUUAUUUGAAGGGCCUUCGGUUGAGGGCGGAGAUUACUCUACUUGAGAUCUGGAGUGUCUUUGAUACGCAACUAUGAGGUUUUAUUUUGUGUUGACAUUUUUGGGGAUCGUCGGGUACAUAGCAGCAAAACCUGCCCCACAGGGUCCCUGUCAGGCAACCCCACAGUACCCUUGUCAGGCAACCCAACAGUCUCCCUGUCAGGCGACCCAACAGUACCCCUGUCAGGCGACCCAACAGUACCCCUGUCAGGCGACCCAACAGUACCCCUGUGCGUCGUACCCAUCUUCCAUCCCUCAGUACGAGGCCCCACCUGUCCAGAUGGAACAGCCAAUCAUGAGCCCGUCACUGAGCGCUUGUUGCUCCCAGGUCUCUCAACCGAGCGGGCCAUCAAGCGUCAUCAUCCCAGCUGCCGCGCCGGUCAAUCAGGCACCAGCAACUGGUUUAACUGGUUUUGAGAUGCCUCUCAGUACUCAGCCUGUUCCCGUGAUUGGUGGAGGGAUGAGCUGCUGCCAGUCUGCGAACCCGCCGCCAUGUUGUCUGCAACUCAAGCCCGGGAAUAACCAGAGCGUCACGGUCACAUCAGGAGGCCAGGUUUAUAAGCUGACAGCGAAGCUUGAGAAAGUAGGACAAGCUGGACAAGCCGCACCUGGGGGAAAUGGCACUUCCGGUAACACAACUACUUCCGGUGGUAACGCAACAACUUUAACAACGCCGGCGCCAACAAGCACCACAGUAGUUCCCUCCAGCCAGGAAUGCGCAAGCAAAGGUCUAGCUGUACACAACGCUAAAAGACAGAUCCACAAUGCGCCCGCGAUGAAACUUAAUGACCAAUUAAACAAGGACGCACAGGCGUAUGCUGACAAACUAGCCAGCGGUAAACCCAAAUUCCCGGCAGGGCUAGUGCAUUCUGGGACAUCAGAUGGUGAAAAUUUAGGGUAUAGUUGUGUCAAACCAGAUUCUGGACACGACUGCUCAGUCACUGUGGAAGCGUGGUACAACGAGGUUAAGAAGUACGACUUCAACUCCCCUGGAUUCAGCGAUCCGACCGGUCAUUUUACACAGGUUGUAUGGAAAGCGAGCACAGAGCUUGGUAUGGGGAAAUCAAAAUUUACCAGGGACGAUGGAUACACGUGUUAUAUUGUGGUAGGCCAUUAUAAAGCUAAAGGAAACAUGGCAAACCAAUUUGAAACAAACGUGUUGAAAGGAAGCUAUAGCGGAUAACUACUUGGAAGACAGGUAAAAGCAAAACUUUUGAAAGGAAUCUACAGUGCUCUGAAGUGAACAUGCAAGCUUUGAAUCUUAACCGACAAUUUUUCACACAAGCUUCAAAUACUUAAGUGAAUGUAUCAUCUUGAAAACAUUUUGCUUCCCCAGAGAGUAAAAUAAGAAAUAAAACAUUAAAAAAGGUUAUUUAUGCAGUUUUGCUUUCCUGUAAAAAAGGAGGGCGGUAAAUCUUAACCAAUUACCAGCUAUUAUACGCUUUUCGCUUGCCAGGAUUUGCUCUGAGAUGUGCGCACUCAUGGAUAUCAUAUUCGAAAAGAUAUCACGAAAACGCCUAUUUUUUGGGUUCGCGGUGGAAGCGCGCCCCCCUAUCUCCCCCCCGCCUGUCCUGCCAGAGCUGCAUGUAAAGGCUCGCAAAAAUAAUGUUGCAGGUCGCACGCACAUUUUUCGCAUGUGACAUCCACUUUGCAACUAGUUUUGCAUUUCUCAAGUCGCACAAAAAGUAGAACGCUCUUCUACUUUCUUCUACAAAUUGUUUCAAGUCGCAUGGAAAACUUCACGUGUGACCUGCAACAAGUUUUUUUGCGAGACAAUUUGAAGUCUAAAAGUCUACGUGUGACAGGGCCAUAUUCGUAGUACAUUGUGAAUUUUCCAACUGUAAAAUUCGUCGUAAAUAAAUUUGAAAGCAAGA